AUGAUUCAUAAAUUAGGAUACUAUAAACAAGCAAAAUGGUUUACUAAUCAACAUUUUGGAGAUUGGGCAUUAUGUAUUGGAGUAUUUGUCACUGAACAGAUAUUGACCAACUUUGUCAUACAUCCAUACGAUAGAUUUGAACCUACUGGCUUCCAACUUGUCGAAUAUCCCCUUCUCAAAGAUAUUGUUCCCACAUGGGCAUUACUCAUGAUUGCCCUUCUCAUUCCCUUGGCUGUUUUUGCUGGAUUUUAUUUAUAUUAUAGAAAUAUGCAUGAUUUCCAUCAUGCUUUUCUUGGUUUAUUUGAAACUUUUACAAUGACCUUAUUAUUUACCGAUUUUUUAAAAGUAAUUGCUGGAAGAUAUAGACCAGAUUAUUUGGCACGUGUAGAAACAAACGACCAAAGUCUGAUUCGUGAUGGAAGAAUGAGUUUCCCAAGUGGACAUUCUUCCCUUUCCUUUGCAUCAAUGACCUAUCUAUCAUUUUAUCUAUGUGGUAAACUACGUGUUUUUAGAAAGGAGGGUGCUGCCAUGUGGAAGAUCUUGAUUGUCAUGUCUCCCUAUGCAAUUUCAUCACUCGUCGCUGUUUCAAGAACCGUUGAUUAUCAUCAUGAUUUCUCAGAUAUUUUAGCAGGUACGUUGAUUGGAUUAUGUAUUGGAAGUUUUAUUUAUUUCAUGAAUUAUAAUACAUUGGCAUCAAAGGAAUGUAGUUUACCAAAGAAUAGAAUUAAUCCAAACUAUGCCAAAGAUGGUUUAUUGUUUGCUGAAAAUACCUAUACUUCACUUUCUAUGACACAUACAACAUUUAUAACAAUAUUUAGAAAUAUAGUUAUUAGAAAUAACAUAUUUAAUAGUUUAGAAGAUACAAGAUUAAGUUAUGAUGUUGGAGUUAAAAAAGGAGGAGGUGUAUACAACCAAUCAAUCAAGGGUAGAGAAUUGAUUGAAAGGUCAAAGACUGAUCCUCUUUGUUUGCUGAGGUUUGCAUUGCCAUGGUCAUUUAUUAGAUAUUAUCUACCAAUACCUUUGUCGACAAAGGAUGACCUCUUUGUUGAUCGUGACAAACGUAGCAAAGCAAUCAACAAAUACAUCAAACAUCAAAAUGCAACUUUGGACACACUACAACACCUCAUCGAUGACUGGUCACCUGACUUUAUUCCCGAUGAUCAUAUUAUCAAAUCUCUUUCAAAAAGAGGUGCUCUAGAUAUAAUCAUAUUUCUGCACAAGCGAUAUUCACAUGCAGACAACAAAGAAAUUUGUGAUCGAAAGAAUAGGUUGGUAUGUAAUUCUGCAAUGCAUCAUGCAGCAGAUGCAGGACACUUGAAUGUAAUAGAAUACCUUUAUCAAAAUUGUUCCUAUCAACCAUACCAAUUCACAAUGUCAACGGCCGCCAGAAACGGACAUUUACAUGUUGUCAAGUGGUUACAAGAUCACUAUAGUGAUACACUCGAUACGGCCGGUGAUGAAGCAUUCUCACCUUUGGCAAGUGCCAUAUCAUGCGGUAGAUUAGAUCUAGUCGAGUACCUACACAAAACUAGAACGGAAUCUUGUAAACCAAGACAUAUGGAUGAAGCAAGUUCAGGAGGAUUCAUUGAUGUUGUCAAAUUCCUUCAUCAACAUCGAAGUGAAGGAUGUACAUCUGGUGCUAUUGAUGGUGCUGCAGCUGGAGGACAUAUCAAAAUAGUAGAAUUUCUUUUUAGAAAUCGUACAGAGGGAUGCACAGACAAGGCAAUGCAAAUGGCAGUUCGUGGAGGUCAUUUAGAGGUUGUACAAUUUUUGUAUCAAAACAAACCCGGUAUUUCAAUGGCCUAUAUGAUGGAUACUGCCGCGGCACAUGGACAUCUCAACAUAUUAGAGUAUUUACAAAAUAAUGUUAAAGACCCUACAUUGUGUUCGAUGGAUGUAUUGGCAAGUCCUGCAAGAAAGGGAUAUACGGAGAUCGUUAGAUUUCUUUGUGAAAAUAGACCAAGAUGUUGCAAGAAAAAGGGAAUUAUAAGUGCCGUUGUUGAAGGUCAUUUUGAUAUGGCCAAAUAUCUAUUUUCAAUUGGUGCUACUAUCACUGUCAAUGCUAUCGAUUUGGCAGUACGUAAUGGGUUGGAAAUGGUCACCUAUCUCCACGAAAAUGGUCAUAGUGCAUCGACAUUGGCUAUGGAUUAUGCAGCCGAGUUGGGAAAUCUACCUCUUGUACAAUUUCUUCAUUUCAAUCGAACUGAGGGAUGCACUGUUAAUGCCAUGAACAAGGCUAGUAUCGCCGGUUUUUUAAAUGUCGUGGAAUGGCUACAUCAUAACAGAAGUGAAGGGUGCACAACAGAUGCUAUGGACGGCGCAGCAGAAUAUUCUCACAUGUCUGUUUUAGAAUUCCUUCAUUUUAAUCGUACCGAAGGGUGUACUACAGAGGCCAUGGACAAUGCUUCAUUUAAAAGUUUUGAAAUUGUAGAAUUUCUUGAUAAACAUCGUUCAGAAGGUUGUACUCCAAAUGCUAUGGAUAUUGCUGCAUUAUCAGGUAGAUCAAAUAUUAUAAAAUUAUUACAUUAUAAUAGAACUGAAGGAUGUACAACAACGACACUUGAUUGUGUUGCUAAAAGUGCGGCCAAUACUGGCGACCUAACUAUGCUCAAACUUAUUAGUGAGAAUAGAACAGAGGGAUGUACAACCAAUGCAAUGGAUAAUGCUUUUAAAUCUAUUCCAGUUUUGGAAUACCUUUCCAAAAAUAGAUCAGAGGGAUGCACAACCAAUGCAAUGGAUCUUGCCAUGGAACACGGUUACCUAAAUGUUGUCGAAUGGUUACAUCAUAAUAGAACAGAAGGAGGAACCUCUAAUGGAGUCGACCAAGCCGCUAGAAAUGAUCAUUUGGAUGUUUUGAAAUUCGUAGUUGAAAAUAGAACUGAAGGUAAAUCAACCAGUUAUGAAAAGGCAAUUCAAAAUGCUAAUUUCUUUGGAAACAUUACUAUUUCUUUAUUUUUACAAGAUCAAUUAAAUAAAUAA